AUGAACGAGUGCGGCCACUGCUCCGUGAAGCUUGGCGAGGAGCCAGCACUUUUGGCAAAUGGAAAAGUCUGGCAUGUGAAUCAUCUGUUGUGUGAUUUGUGCGAGUGUCGAAUCAAUGAUGGCGAGAGAUGCGUUCCACAAAACGGAAUCAUUUUGUGCUUCCAAUGUCAUAUCAAAACGACUCGUCCAAUAUGCAAAGGCUGCGGGGACUUCAUCAAAACGAAUGUGUGCGAGGCUCUCAACUCCACGUGGCAUCCCACCUGCUUCCAGUGCUCUGUAUGCCAAAAACCAUUGGAAGUGAAUUUCCAUCAAUUGCCAAACAAAAUGUGCGUUCAUUCGGAAUGUUUUUGGGAUCUUCAGCUGAGAAUGGUCGUUUGCAAGGAUCUUCCAAAAUAG